AUGGUAAGACAAAUGAAAAUGUAUAAAAGAAGUGUUUGGUACACCUUAUUUUGUGGGGGUAUUAACAUACUUAUUGUUCUAAUAUUGAAUAUUAUAUUAUCGAGUAUCUGUAUGAUUUAUAAUGAUAUAACACUAGACUCAAAGUAUAUGAGCAUUAGGUACAUAAGAAUUCUUAGCACCCCAGAUAUGAUAAAUAAUAUGGUAAAUGUAAAAAUAAAAGAAGAAAAUAUAAAUGAGGAAAAUGAAAAUGAGAUUAAGUCAAUUAUGAGUAAUAAAUAUUUUGAUAAUGAAAAUUUAUAUAUUAAAUUAAGAAACAAUAUAAAAAAGAAUAUGGAACAAAAUAAUUAUGAAUCUAUACCAUAUAGUAAUGAAUAUUCAACUACAUUUUACAACGAAAAGGAUAACAUUAUAAAUAAUGAUAUUGAGUCAUUAGACGCAAGGGAUAAUUUGAUUAGAUUAAAAAUGUAUAAUAUAUGGUUAGAAUUAAUGCAGAAUGAACAAAUGAAAUAUUAUAGUAUAAGACAUAAUAUAGAUGAAUUUUAUAAAAAUUUAAACCAGAAAUAUAAUAUAAAAAAUGAAUCAAAUGAUAAAUCCUUGAAAGAAUGUAAUGAAAUUGUUUGUUUAAGUGCUCAUUAUCUUCAACGUCAUUUAAAUGAUAUGUUUAAUAAAUGGUUUAAGAACGGUUUUAUGAGUAUUGCAGAAUUUAAUAAUAUAAUUAACGCUACUAGAAUUGGAUGGUCAGUAUUAACAACAAAUGUGCAAAAAAGGUAUAAAGAUAUUUUGACAGAUAAUUUAAUUGAAAAAAUUAAUAAAACUAAUUUUGAUGGAAAUGAUAUCUUUAAUUCUUAUUUAGGUUAUAAUAUUAUCAAAGAUAAUCCACAGCAAUAUGAUGAAAAUAUGAAUAAUAUGUCAUGUGUAGGAACAUGGCAAAGAAACAAAGAAAAUAAUAUGGACUUGCAUUAUAAUAUUCAAUUAAAUGAAAAGGAUAAAGAAUUAAUAUGUGACAACAUUAUUAAAAAUAAUUCAUCCAUAAAAAAUUAUGUUGAAUGUUUAAAAAUAGCGGAAUAUAUAGAUGUUGAUACGUCCGAUGUUUUGGUAAAAGAAAACAAUAAUAUAAUGAAAAGAAAUAUAAGAAAAAAUAAUAAUAUUUAUAAAAUUAAUAAUGAAGAAAAAAAUAAUAAUCAAAAUGUAAAUUAUAAUGAUGAUGUAGAAGAAAAUGAAACAAAGGAAAAUGAAUUUAAUAAUAACGAUGAUGAAAAUCAAACUGAUGACAUUGAAAUAAGUUUAGACGAUAUAUUUGAUAAAUCAACAAAUAUUAUAAGAGAAGCUGAGGAUAUUAUUAAUGGGGGAGUAAAUGGUACUUUUAUUGAUUCAUGCAUUCUUAUAGACAAACCUGAAGAUUAUGAUAAACAAAUAAAAAGUAUAAAUAAUAAUAAUAUAAAUGAAUAUUUAGAUACUUCUAAUCAAAAUUAUUGUAAUCAUUCAUAUUUAAGAAGAAAAUGGAAUUCUCUUGUUCUCUUCUCAGAUAAGGAUAAAUCUAUAAAUAGUAUUAUUUGUUCUAUGUGGAAAUAUGUAUGUAAUAAAAAUAAUCUUUUAUAUUGGAGAAAAUUUAAUACAUACUGA